UGACAGCGUGACGUGUGGGCUGACUCCGCUCCAAUCUUCUAUUUUUUAAACAAAUGCACUUAGGUUAUAUUUCUUUUCCUGUCAAAAUAACGGACCAAACCUAAAAAAAAAUGGCUUGUUUAUUCAAUUGGAACCUUCUCUUGUUACUGGGAAUUCUGGAAUUCGUCGCAGGAACCAGAUUAAAGGAUAUGAUAUACACACCCAUCGACAGCCAAGCAGCUUGUUUUAGACGACACAAUGGGACUCACCAAUUCGGUUGUUCUUCAAGUAGGUCUGGGAGUAUUGGGGCGAUUCAUUUCAUCGGGAACGAAACCGACCUGAAAUGGUUGGAAUUAAAUAGCACAGCUGGGCCUUACGUGGCAGUAAUGUCAUUUUCCAUGUUCACGAGAGACACUUUGCUCAGAUUACGCAAAACAAACAAUAUAAACGGGAUACUUCUUGCAAAUAUAGCAAAAAGUCGUCCGUCUCAUUAUUCGCCCGAAGAUACAUGCCCCAAUCGAUAUUCGGGGGCAAGAGAAUGCAAGGAAAAACCUUGGAACCCACUUGGUUCUGCUCUUCUAAUGGAAGACUGGCCUUUCCCGAUAUUCUUCCUGCAGAAUCAGACAGCUCUUGGAGAAAUCAAUUCGUGUUUUUUGAAGCACAAUGCUCACGAUCUAGAUGAUCAAAGUCAACGCUCGCUUUGUGCCUUGGAAAUGAAGUCUUUUAUGUUCGCCGCUGUUGAUUCCGAAACCUGCAUGAGGCGGAGUCUCUCAGCCAAUAUCCACUCGACUUUAUAUUGUGAGCCUCUUGGAGACAGAAAUAUUCACUGGUCUCUGUCUCCGCCAAUCAAUGAGUCAGUGAUUCUGGUGACAGCAAGAUUGGACGCAACAGCAAUGUUCAAUGAUCUGGUGCCAGGAGCAGGCAGCACGGUCACUGGAUUGGUCACCUUCCUCGCGACUGCUUACUACCUCAAAGCAUUAAAUGCCACAGUUAAAAAGAGGCAAAGUACGAUUUGCAAUUAUAUAUCCAGGUGGUGUAGCUGCAAUGAAAAGAGAGCAGUUUGCACUGAUCAGAUAACAGGGCAACAUAUGGGAAAUAAUUUCCUUAAUUUCAUCAGUCUCGUCACUCUCUGGCGGCGAACUGCCCGUCACACUUUUGUAGAGAACAUUGCCAAGACAAUUGUCGAGACAUUUGGGUUCACUUUGAGAAAACUAUUCACGGAGGAGGGAGGAACACUGUCCUUCAGAAUUGAGGCAGAAAGUGAACUUUUCAGAUCGGACACUAUCGUGCUGUUUUCUGCAUUAUUAGUGUGCAAGCUGGAAAGACUCCCAGCGCCAUCUGGCCUCCACGCUUCACUUGAUCGUACUAGUGAACUAACGUCGAUGCAGGGGGCUGGUUAUGAUAUGUCGUCGGGUACAUAUUCCACCUGGACAGAAUCAAUCUGGGAAUCCUUAAGUGUCAGGAUGUUCCUGAAACCUUCACCAGCAACAGAAAGGCUCAGUAUGGCUGUGGGAAGUACGGUAGCUAUUCUCUCGAUUAUUGUGGUCUGGUUCUUCAAUUCCCGAGCCAAUAUUAUUUUCAACACAAGAAGUGAAAACCUGUAGGAUAACGCCGCGGACCACAUAUCAAUGAAGAGCUUAGGCCAUCGAGAUGAACUUACUGUUCCAGUGACUAGUCUGUAAUUUGAAUUGUGGUGCGCCCUCGGACGAAGUUCGCUUUAAUCUGCUCACUGUUUUUUUUUUAUGUACAAGAGAUUAUCACUGAAUUUUAUUAUAAUUUAACAGUUAAGUUUACGCUGUAAAAAAAGAAAAAAUGCAAAAGCAGGAACAGUAAAGUUUUUUAUUUUUCGAAACAGCUGACGUUGGGAGUCGGAAAAAUGAAAAUCAAAAGCGCCGCGCCUCAAAAUUCGAAUCUAUUUUCGAGAAUGGAAUGUGAAAGAUUAUCUCGUGUAAUAUUAGAAUUUAGCAUUUUUUAUUCUAUUCGUAAGCACGAAUAUGGGAGAAUGUUUUGUGGGGUUGCGAUAGUAUUAUCAGAGAAAAGAAUGUAUUUGCGAGUAGGGAAAAUUAGUUUAAGGUGAAGAUGUAAAUUUUAGUUGGAGAAAACAAAAGCGGGAUGAACUUAC